AGUUAAAAAGGCGUGUUACAGUCUAAUCGUUCCGUCGAGGGAAUGGAGAAAAAGCGAAUAGAGAAUUUGUGGAGGGCCCUUAUUUUUUAAUGUUUGAGCAAUUUAAGAGGCGUUCGUGUUUUGUUCUGGUAAAGAGUUCAAUGCAGGGAUCAGAGUUGGAGUUAAAUUGUAACCGAGAGGGGAUCGGAUUUGAGUAGAAACUUCCAUCUGGGAAGCUCACUGGGGAUAUUUUAAGAGGUCAAGACCCAGCCACAUCUACUGGGGAUUUGGGGUCUGUUUUAGUCCUCGCUGAUACUUCUAUUCUGUUGAUGGAAGAUGUGGCAGUAAACGGAGUGGGGAGAUGUGCAGGAAUGAGGAUCAGCUGGAAAAUGUCAACUGAAUGUGUUUUUGAACCCUCCCAGCCCGCGGUCUUGAAAUCAUGAACGCAGCGACCUGACUUGUCACCUUGGUGUCCACAGCUAUGGGAUUGCUGAGGACUAUCUCGAGAGUAUUUUCACUGAACCCUCUGAAAAAGUUACAGCCUCGGAAAAGAUGUUUAUCUACAGUUGGUACACGGGUACCAAACUCGUGUUUCCACCCAACACUGCCUCUGAGAAGCAGCAACGUUUCUAAUAAUCUAGGGAAAAAUCAAUGUCCUGGUAAUUUAUCUUGCCAUGACUUUCGCUGUUUUGCCACAAGUAAAUGCCGCCCAAAAAGCCGAAAAAGUGCCAACAGCAGAAAGCCCUCAAGGAGUGGGAAGCAAAGCGGGGAGGACGAUGAGGUGAUGACAGAAGACGAACGUGAAUUAGAAGAUUCUGAAUUUGAAGAACUAUUUCAAGAACAAAUACCUCCCCUUCCUGAAGGAGGUCACAGAGUAUUUAUUGUUCAUCCAGAUGUAAAGUGGGGAGGAAAGAAACAACACCUUACAACAGGUGAACUUCAGAUGGCUGAAGCAGUUGCUCUUGUGGACACUCUGCCCAACUGGCAUGUUGUUGAUAAGGUUAUUCUUUCUACAAAAAGUCCAGACAGCAAAUUCAUUUUUGGCAAAGGCAAUUUUCAGACUCUUACAGAAAAAAUAAAAGGGCUUCCACAGGUUACUGCAGUGUUUAUGAAUGUUGAACGACUGUCUGCAUUAUCAGAGAAAGAAUUGGAAUCUGCCUGGGGAGUUAAAGUUUUUGACAGGUAUUCCAUCGUCCUUCAUAUCUUCCGUUGCAAUGCUCGGACCAAAGAGGCCAAACUGCAGAUAGCUCUGGCUGAGAUCCCAUACUUGAGGUCCCAGCUGAAAAAUGAAGUGGCUAACUUAGACCAACAAGGUGGUGGUUCCAGGUACAUUAUGGGAUCAGGUGAGACCUUCAUGGAGGUUCAGCAACGCCUCCUCAAGGAGAGGGAACUGAAGAUUAGAGCGGUGUUGGAAAAGCUAAAGAAGAAGCGACAGUUGCUGAGGACCCAGCGUAAACGCAAAGAGUUCCCGGUUAUUUCUGUCAUGGGCUACACAAACUGCGGCAAAACAACUCUGAUUAAAACUCUGACUGGAGACUCAGGCCUUCACCCAAGAGAUCAGUUGUUUGCUACCCUUGAUGUUACCACCCAUGCUGGUUUGAUGCCAAGUCAUAUGAUGGUCCUUUACAUUGAUACAAUUGGAUUUCUUUCUCAGCUCCCUCACAACUUAAUCGAAUCCUUCUCAGCAACUCUAGAGGAUGUGGUAUAUUCAGAUGUAAUAGUUCAUGUCAGAGACAUCAGUCACCCUGAAACCAACAAUCAGAAAGUGAACGUACUGAAUGUUCUCAGGAACCUCCAGCUGUCAAACCAACUCUUGGAUUCCAUUAUUGAAGUGCACAAUAAAAUUGAUCUCGUAGAGGGAUAUGAACCGACAGAUCCAAACACUGUCGCAGUUUCAGCGCUUCAUGGACUCGGCAUGGACGAAUUGACAAAGAAAAUCGAGGAGGCAGUUUUGCGAGCAACAGGAAAACUGAUUCUCACUAUUCAAGUAAAUUUGGCUGGGCCUCAGCUGAGCUGGUUGUAUAAGGAAGCCACUGUGCAGGGAGUAGAUGUUUUGCCAGAAGAUGGUUUAGCCAAUGUGAGGGUGAUCAUCAGCAGCUCCUCUUACGGGAAAUAUAGGAAGCUGUUCCAACCUUGAAGGAGAAAGGAUGACUUUCCAAUGUUGAAGAUUUUAUCUUUUUUUUUCCCCAAGGAAAAAAUUUAUACAUGAAUAGCAACUAUUUUCCUCUCCGAGAAGCAGCGCCAAAAUGGUUCACUGGUAAUGAGUUGCUUUGAAAUGCAGCAAUCAUUGUUUUAUAGGCAAGUGUGGGCAGUUUGCGCACAAGCAAUGGCCCACUAACAGCAAUGAGAUGAACAACCAGCCAGUUCUUUUGGUUGUUUCCCUUUCAGGAAGACCUUUAACCAGGAUGCUGGAAGAAUUCCCAACUUUUUCAGUUGAAUCUUUAAUCCACGCACAGGCAGACAGAAACUCAGUUUGUCUCAGCCCGAGGGCGAAGUUCUUUAUAUAAAGAAUAAGAAUGCAGUGAGACUAGAGUCAGUAAAGAAAGCAUGAUGAUGUUCCACAAUAAGUGCUGGGUGGGAUCUUCCAGCCCCACCAAAAGUCAGUGGACUUUUGGCUGGGCCACCAAAUCUCUCACGGCAGGUCCCGCCCCAACGGGGCCGGAAAAUUCCAGCCACUGAAACCAAAAUGUGUUUAAAGUUUAAAUGAAGUUUAAAAAGUUUACUAUUAGAAUGAUUCUCUUAUGACAAUGGGAAUGUUGCAAUCGGCUGGGUUGACCUGCCCCUGAUCACCACCCAGUGAUACCUGCUGAAAAAUGGCAUGUACGCAAGUAACGUGAGUAACAUGGUACCGGCCUCUGCUGUGAUGUUCUUACAGUCGAUUAACAAUAGGCUAUACUGAUAUGUGAAGAACCAUGGUAUGACUGGAGCUGCUGGUGAUCAUACAAACACAAGAUUAAAAAUAAGAACUUCAUUUAUUGCCUUGAGUGAAAGUUGGAGAGGGAGGAUCGUGACUGUACAGCUAAUAAAUAAAGUUCCACACAUUCUCCCAUGCAAA